AUGGAUUUGAAGACUCAAAUUUCAACGGUUUCUACCUGUAUCAUAACUCUCUUCUUGUUAUCUGCUCAAGCCUUCCGCCGUGUGUGUUAUUUUACUAACUGGUCAUGUGAUCUAUUGGAACCGGCGGCACAUUUCUGUAUCAAAGACAUCGACCCCCAAUACUGUUCACAUUUAAUCUACGCCUUCGCUAACAUCAACACGAGCACGUUAGAACUCUCUCCGACCAGACCGGACGACGUGGGUGUGAACGGAUCAAAACCACGUUAUGAGAAAUUUAACGAAUUUAAACUAGCAUACCCGGAGUUAAAAACUUUGUUAUCUGUGGGCGGUUCGUUACAACAAAGUUUAGGAUUCGCUAAAGCUGUCAGUGACGCUCAAUCCAGAAGGUUGUUCUCUAUCAAUACUGUGGAAUAUCUAAGACGGUGGAAUUUUGACGGAUUAGAUUUAGACUGGGAAUAUCCUGGAGAUCCUCUGGGAACCAAACGGAAUUAUACUUUAUUACUGCAUGAUCUACGCCUACAGUUUUCUGAAGAAGCAAGUCAGUCUGGUAAACCGAGACUAUUGAUAUCUAUAGCAGCACCUGUCAGUCCUGAAAAACGAGAGAAAGGAUUCCAAGUAGAGAACGUUGCUAGAGAAGUUGAUUUUAUUAAUCUAAUGGCGUAUGAUUUUUUCGGAGGUUGGAAUAAAAUAGCUGGUUUUAACAGUCCGCUGUAUGGUAGAAAAUCAGACCCCAGAUUCUCACCUUCUAUGAAUGUGGAAUGGACUGUAAACCAGUGGAUUGUAAACGGUGCUGAUAGACAGAAGUUAACAGUUGGAAUAGCAGGGUAUGGUGUGGCCUACAUUCUGACUAAUGAUACAGAUUAUUCUGUUGGUGCCGAGGUGGUAGGACCAGCUGAUAAAGGUCCGUACAGACACAUGAAAGGCCAACUGUCUUAUUAUGAGAUCUGUGAAGUUUUUGAGAAUGCUACUUAUGAAUGGGACCCGGUACAGAAAUCACCCUACGCCUAUAUAAACAACAAGUGGGUCGGAUAUGAUAAUAACCGUAGUGUUACUGAAAAGGUGGAUUGGAUGGUUGAACAGAACCUAGGUGGUGUCAUGAUUUGGUCUUUCGAUCUAGAUGAUUUUAAAGGAACGUUUUGUAAACAGGGAAAAUUUCCGCUAUUAAAAUCAAUUCAUCAAGCUGUAGCCAAACAUUUCCCAGAGAUCGAGUUACAACCUUCUACAACAACUACAACUACAGGUACGUCUACGACUACAGAACCAACAACGACAUCGACAGAUAAGCCAACAGGAAAUGACGUCAUCGUACCAUCUUCAACAAAACAACCAUCAACCAAACCAGAAUGGGAAAUUGUACCCACUCAACCACCUUUUGAAAAUAACAACCGACCGGAUAGUAACCCCGAUUCUAAAUACGGAAAUGAUCAAAGCGAGAAUUUGGUAGACGACAAAGGAUCGGUAUCAGCAGACGACGGUAAAAAUGGCGGCGUAACAACCACCACUUCCGGUUUAGGCCUAAUCGCUGUGUUGAUAGCAUUAUUUCUACGAGACGAUGUCGAGUUAAAGUUUAUCAACACUGGGGAAAUGGUUUCUACCUGUAUCAUAACUCUCUUCUUGUUAUCUGCUCAAGCCUUCCGCCGUGUGUGUUAUUUUACUAACUGGUCAUGUGAUCUAUUGGAACCGGCGGCACAUUUCUGUAUCAAAGACAUCGACCCCCAAUACUGUUCACAUUUAAUCUACGCCUUCGCUAACAUCAACACGAGCACGUUAGAACUCUCUCCGACCAGACCGGACGACGUGGGUGUGAACGGAUCAAAACCACGUUAUGAGAAAUUUAACGAAUUUAAACUAGAAUACCCGGAGUUAAAAACUUUGUUAUCUGUGGGCGGUUGGUUACAACAAAGUUUAGGAUUCGCUAAAGCUGUCAGUGAUGCUCAAUCCAGAAGGCUGUUCUCUAUAAAUGCAGUGGAAUAUCUAAGACGGUGGAAUUUUGACGGAUUAGAUUUAGACUGGGAAUAUCCAGGAGAUCCUCUGGGAACCAAACGGAAUUAUACUUUAUUACUGCAUGAUCUACGCCUUCAGUUUGCUGAAGAAGCAAGUCAGUCUGGUAAACCGAGAUUAUUGAUAUCUAUAGCAGGACCUGCCAGUUCUGAAAAACGAGAGAAAGGAUUCGAAGUAGAGAACGUGUUCAGAGAAGUUGAUUUUAUUAAUCUAAUGGCGUAUGAUUUUUUCGGAGGUUGGAAUAAAAUAGCUGGUUUUAACAGUCCGCUGUAUGGUAGAAAAUCAGACCCCAGAUUCUCACCUUCUAUGAAUGUGGAAUGGACUGUAAACCAGUGGAUUGUAAACGGUGCUGACAGACAGAAGUUAACAGUUGGAAUAGCAGGGUAUGGUGUGGCCUACAUCCUGACUAAUGAUACAGAUUAUUCUGUUGGUGCCGAGGUGGUAGGACCAGCUGAUAAAGGUCCGUACAGACACAUGAAAGGCCAACUGUCUUAUUAUGAGAUCUGUGAAGUUUUUGAGAAUGCUACUUAUGAAUGGGACCCUGUACAGAAAUCACCCUACGCCUAUAUAAACAACAAGUGGGUCGGAUAUGAUAAUAACCGUAGUGUUACUGAAAAGGUGGAUUGGAUGGUUGAACAGAACCUUGGUGGUGUCAUGAUUUGGUCUUUCGAUCUAGAUGAUUUUAAAGGAGCGUUUUGUAAACAGGGAAAAUUUCCGCUAUUAAAAUCAAUUCAUCAAGCAGUAGCCAAACAUUUCCCAGAGAUCGAGUUACAACCUUCUACAACAACUACAACUACAAGUACGUCUACGACUACAGAACCAACAACGACAUCGACAGAUAGGCCAACAGGAAAUGACGUCAUCGUACCAUCUACAACAAAACAACCAUCAACCAAACCAGAAUGGGAAAUUGUACCCACUCAACCACCUUUUGAAAAUAACAACCGACCGGAUAGUAACCCCGAUUCUAAAUACGGAAAUGAUCAAAGCGAGAAUUUGGUAGACGACAAAGGAUCGGUAUCAGCAGACGACGGUAAAAAUGGCGGCGUAACAACCACCACUUCCGGUUUAGGCCUAAUCGCUGUGUUGAUAGCAUUAUUUCUGUAAGUGUUCAAAGAUUCGGAGAAGUAGAAAGAUUUGUAUAAAGAUGACUUUGAUAAAAGUCUUGUAACAGUGAGAGAUGUAGACUCUGGGACAAUACGUCUUCAAUACGUUGAGUCGAAUAACUCAGUUCCAUAACUUAACAGAAAUGGAUUCAAAAGGGGGUUUUUUCUAAUCUUUGUAUGUAUAUAUGGGGAUCACUUAUGGAUUUAAUUUUCUACAGCGACAGAAGCUAAAUUGGAAAGAAUUCAUAAGAACUUUUCAAGGUUAUGUUCAUAUCUAGGGAACACUAAUGGAUUCUUUUACCCGCCCCAUUCUAUGUGGUUCCUGAAAUUGUGCAAAAUUUACCAGCUUAUGACGUCACAAAUACAAAUACCAAUUAAGCUAAACUAUAACGUAAUGACCAUUUCAACUAAGGAACCACUUGCAGAAGUUGGUUCGGAAUCGUAGGCCUUUUGGCGAUAAAGGUAGCUACAAACUUUGUGUUACAGAUAGCCUACUGAUGAUACACAAACUAGAAAAACCUAUUUCGAACCUAUUUAUAUUGUCUGUGGACAGGUUCUUUUUUGUUUAUUUUCUUAUCUUUUCUGUCUGUGUUACAUCUAGUCAUUGUAAAAUAAAAUAGCUAGUAAUU